AUGAAGCUUCAGGGUACCGUAAACGCGGUUUUUAUUCUCGGGGUGGCAGCCGGGCUCACUGAAAUAGCGAGCGGCGUCUGCAUAGUAAGAAACACCCCCGAGACGAAGGUGUACAGAUACCAGUGUUUCAGGUCGAACAAUUACUUGGCCGAUCUGGCGGCGGCACCGAUCGACGUACCGAAAAUAUCGUUCACCAACGCGAGGAUACAAUACCUGCGAAACAAAUCGUUCGCUCGUUUCGGUCCCGGGUUGAAAAGCGUUCAGAUCAACUAUUCCGAGCUGGGAGAAAUCGAGGACAGUCCAUUUGAGGGCCUCGUCGAGUUACGAUCGCUGCUAAUUACCGGGUGCAACUUACAGAUUGUGAAGGGAACGUGGUUCGAGGGGCUUUCGAAGCUGGACACGAUCAUCCUGGACCACAACGAGAUCAAAAGCGUUGAAAGCAGCUUCUUCAAGAUCGUCCAGCCGCUCAAGUCUCUCGAUCUUUCUUUCAACCAGAUAAGCUGCAUCCCCGUAGCUUCAAUUUACGGUUUUCGUACGCAAUCUUUUCACCUCGAAGGAAAUCACUUGGCUUGGGCUUGCCUGGCUCAACUCCUCGACUGGUUUAAAAAGAACAAUAUCAAGCAUGAUUUCGCGGCGAUAGGACCCUUCCCGCCAAUGGAACCCUUGAUCAAUAUGUGCGUGGAGAGACAUCCGAGUUACAAACUGGACGAAACGGGCCUGGAGAAAUGCAUUCGGAAGAAACUAAUGGACUUCUUUCCGCCUGGGGAUAAUUACACGGUCGAACAAGCUUGCAGAUUUUUGACGGAUAAACCGUCCCCGUUUUUGAACUGUUUCGACAUUUGA